AUGGUCUUCAGCGCUUUCUGGCAAAUAGCAAUACUUCUCAUCGAGAGCAAAGGCGUCGCCGCGCAAACAACCGAAGUCGGAGUCCUACAGCCGGUUAAGGACUUCUGGAACCCAUUUGUGGGCAGUGUUGUGGCAACAAAUGGUUCAUUGACCACUAUUGAAGUGAAUUGUCUGGCUAGCAGCGCAACCUCCUGCCCUACUUACGUCGCACUCCCCUAUUACCUGACCAUUGGUCCCAGUACACAGGGGUUAUAUGGAUGGACCACCGCACUGCCGUACACUGAAUCCAGUGUUGUCUACUACGCCAAGAGUAUGACACAACAAUGUGAGAUCACCUCCAUCACACAAGGCGCCUCAUGCAAAACAACAGAGAGCGAAUUUUGGUCUGGUGGGGACACAACCACAAGGUCAUCCUGGGCGAUAACCUCUUCGACUCCAGCUGAUAGAUUAACCAUGGCCACUCUCACGGUGAACGGCGGACUACAGCUUCUCCAGAGCCCUAUUUCGAGUCCUAUUCCAACUAUGAUCACGACUACCACACACGGAGGACAGACGAACAGUCUCCCUACAGCAGCCACCAUGAUGUCUCAAGAAGAGUCGUCAUCAAAGGCUUGGAUUGCAGGCCCUAUCCUGGGAGCUUUUGCCGGUGUUUCCUUCAUCAUUGGAAUGGUCAUUUGGCAUAUUAAACGGAAAACCUCGACCCGGACGGUUGAGAAUGUUCAAGCAGGACCACUCGAUAUGACGCAGGAGAAACCUCCAAGCCUACCGGAAUACAAGGCAGAGCUACCAGCCCAUGAUCUGAAACGUCUGGAUCCUGUGGAGCUUCCUGGUGAUGGCAUUUAUGAGGCCCCUGGAGUCAGAUCUGAAACAGUCUGA